UGAUUGAUCAAUAAAAUAUUUUCACAAAAAUAUCAUUGAAAAAUGGUUUUAAUUACAGAAGAAUUAGUAAGAAAAAAAUCUGAACAUAAUGAAGGUAUUAUUGGAACUUUAGAAGAACUAUCUUUACACCAGGAAGACAUUGAAAAAAUUGAACAUCUGAAUAAUUGGUGCAGAGAAUUAGAAAUUUUAUAUUUACAAGCUAAUCAAAUCUCAAAAAUUGAAAACUUAAAUAAAUUGAAAAAACUCCAGUACCUAAACUUAGCUAUAAAUAAUGUAGAGAAAAUAGAAAAUUUAGAAGGAUGUGAAUCUUUAGAAAAAUUAGAUCUCACAUUAAAUUUUAUUGGGGAUUUAGAAAGUGUUAAGAAACUGAAGAAAAAUAUAUUUUUAAAACAUUUAUACUUAACAGGUAAUCCAUGUUGCGAUUUUGAAGGAUAUAGAGAGUACGUAAUAGCGCAAUUACCUCAGUUAGAGAGUUUGGACGUCAAAGAAAUAUCGAGAAGUGAAAGGAUAAAAGCUCAACAAAAUUUGAUAGAGAACGAAAAAAUUAUUUUAAAGGCCCAAGAAGAAUAUAAAAAAUUUAGAGAAAAUCAAAAAAAUCGAAUGCUACAGAAAGAUAAUUCUCAUUUAACUGACGAUGAAUUUUGGAAAAGCGUAAGUGAGAAUAGCCCAGAAACACGAUUAGAAAUAUCUAAAAGACAAAGAAAGAGAGACUCGAAUGUAGAUACAGCUAGCAAUAUGAAGGUCAAGAGAACAGUAAGACUUUUCGCAAAAGAUGGUCGACCUUUAAACGUGAAUGAAGCAAAAUUAGGUUUUAAGUUUACAGAUGACAGCCCAGAUAAAUUUGUGUUGGAUGUGGCUUUAUAUAAAUUUCUUGACACCAACCUCAUUGACAUUGACUUACAACCAAUCUAUGUAAAAUUAACAAUUAAAGGAAAAGUUUUCCAAAUAGUAUUUCCUGAAGAAAUUCAAAUAGAAAACAGUACUGCUUUGCGUUCACAAACUACAGGACACUUGGUGUUAAGUCUGCCAAAAUUAAAUUUCAAAAAACUUGUAAAGCAGGAAAAGAAUACAGAAAAGGCAAAAUUAAAUGACAAAAAAGAUAAGGAUAAACAGGCUCAAGAGGAGAAAAAGACAAGCGAGACUUUUCUUGAAGUUACUGGUCCAAAAGAAGAUAUGGAUUAUACUAAGAUAAUAGAAAAUAACAAGAACAGAAUUUCCUAUAACGAAUAUCCUGAUAUUCCUGUGUUGGAGUAUGGGUUUUAAAAAAUGUUAAAUUACCCUUUCUCUCAUUAUUCUUCUGUUAUGUGUAGCACAAAAUAUUCAUAUAAUGUAUAGUCUUUCAUGGUUGUUGUCCUUCUUUAGAUUCAAAAGUAAAUUAUUUGUUUUGUCAUUUGAUGGAUGUCGAAUGUCGAUAUCAUCUAUUCCAUUGCCGGACAGACAAUACAAUUUAUCUAUUAUUAUCUCUACAUACCAUAAAGAAUUAUUUAUCAUAAUAAUAGUAUACAUUCUUAAUGACAAUUAAGUACAGUAUAGAAAUUUAUACUUUCAUAACUGUAAACAAAGAUUACUAACUGAAAAAUAUUACGGUCUUAAGCCCCGUUCUCAGAACAUCAAAAGAACCAAUGAGAUUUGUAGAAUAUUGCAGUUUGAAUUUUGUACAAAUCUCAUUCGUUCUUUUCACGUGUCACUGGCGACAGUACGAAGUUCUGAGAACGGGGCUUUACAGGAAAUAUUUUUUUGUAAGUAACAGUGUUACCACUCAGCAUUAUAAAUGUCAAAAUAAAGUAAACUUCCAAAUGUGAAAACUUUUUAGUGGCUAAAUAGCGUUUUCUCCUAACCUAACAUCUUGACUUUCUAAAAGAAUGAUCAUUUAUAAAUAAAACUGCGUCAAGUUACCCUAGGAAGGACAAUCGUUCAUAUAUUUUAGCUAUAUGUACGAUUAUAUGAUGUCAUCAAUCAUUAUUUCUAAAGUAACUUCACACCAGUUAUGUUUCGAACAUAUGGGAGUCAUAUAAAGGAAAAUUUAUUUUUUUUAACUCGAGGGAGAGGUCUGCAAUCUGUUCCAUAAAAAGUUUGUGAUUAGACACAUAGAGAAACAUACUAAAGUGAUAUGUGGAG